UAAACCUCAUAACUUAUGGCCCAGUGUCUGAUCUCGCAACAUACCGAGCACCUGCGAGAAAAGCCGAGAACCUGCUUAUCGAGUCAUUUAGCAUUCAACAUGGCGUCGCUGACAUCCACAGCCAAAUUCAGUGAUAUAUACGAAUUGAAAGAAGAAUUGGGAAAGGGUGCGUUUUCUAUCGUGAGAAGAUGCGUGCAGAAAGCCACAGGACUAGAGUUUGCUGCAAAAAUAAUUAAUACCAAGAAAUUAUCUGCAAGAGAUCACCAGAAAUUGGAAAGAGAAGCCAGGAUUUGUAGGUUGUUAAAGCAUCCCAAUAUAGUUCGCUUACAUGACAGUAUACAGGAUGAGGGGUUCCACUACCUAGUAUUUGAUUUGGUCACAGGAGGCGAACUGUUCGAAGAUAUAGUGGCUAGGGAAUUCUACAGUGAGGCUGACGCCAGUCACUGCAUGCAGCAAAUAUUAGAGAGUGUUAAUUAUUGUCAUCUACAUGGUAUUGUCCACAGAGACCUUAAGCCAGAGAACCUGCUUCUGCCCAGUAAACCAGAGAACCUGCUUCUGGCCAGUAAAGCAAAAGGAGCUGCUGUCAAACUAGCUGAUUUUGGCCUUGCCAUAGAGGUACAAGGAGACCAGCAAGCAUGGUUUGGUUUCGCUGGCACACCUGGCUACCUGUCUCCAGAAGUUCUCAGGAAAGACCCAUACGGAAAACCUGUAGAUAUCUGGGCUUGUGGUGUGAUAUUAUACAUCUUGUUGGUGGGUUACCCUCCUUUCUGGGAUGAAGACCAACAUAGGUUAUACGCUCAGAUUAAGGCCGGUGCAUAUGAUUACCCCUCACCUGAGUGGGACACAGUUACUCCUGAGGCCAAGAACCUCAUCAACAGUAUGCUCACUGUCAACCCAGCCAAGAGGAUCACAGCCUCGGAGGCCCUCAAACACCCCUGGAUAUGCCAACGGGAACGUGUGGCAUCUGUUGUCCACAGACAGGAGACAGUGGACUGCCUCAAGAAAUUCAAUGCUCGCAGGAAGUUGAAGGGAGCUAUCCUCACUACUAUGCUGGCUACACGGAACUUCUCAAUAAACAAAGGUAAUGUGCUUCAGACAGUGGGGAAUGGCUCGCAAGUGAUGGCACCUGCAGGCCGCAGUUUGAACGUGAAGAAGAACGAUGGCAUCAAGGAGUCCACAGACAGUAGUACUAUCGAGGAUGAGGACACUAAGAGUGAGUCCACAACUGUCAGCUCUCAUCCUAUCUCCUUUCCUCUCCUCUGUCCAUCAGGCAAGCCAGAUAUUGACACAAAGAGGCGUGUGAUAGCUACCAAGGGUCUGACUGGUCGGAAACAGGAGAUCAUCAAGCUGACUGAACAGAUGCUCCAGGCCAUCACCAGCGGGGACUAUGAAGCGUACACGAAGCUCAUUGACCCUCACCUGACGAGUUUCGAACCCGAGGCUCUUGGCAAUCUAAUAGUAGGCAUGGACUUCCAUAAGUUUUACUUUGAUCAUGUUUUGUCAAAAAAUAACAAGCCGGUGAACACCAGCAUUUUGAACCCUCACGUUCACCUGUUAGGGGAGGAUGCGGCUUGCAUUGCGUAUAUUCGACUUACGCAGUACAUAGACAGGUCGGUCACAAACGGCCUGCCAGUGACGAUGCAGUCUGAAGAAACGAGAAUCUGGCAGAGAAAAGAUGGCAAGUGGCAGAACGUACAUUUCCACAGGUCCGGAAGCGCGUCAGCCCCACAUGCAAAAUAGACGUGCAACACAAGUGACGACGACGGUCAUGAUGUGAAGAGAAUCUUCAGUUUUUGGACAAUUUUUAGCUUUCUGAGGCAUCUUGUUUCCGAACUGUCUUCAAGUCCUCUCUGGUCGGUACACUGUGAUUGUCCAUGGAAAAAUCUUUUAUUCCAUUUAACAUACUUUUGCAAUCGAUGCAUCAUGAAAUGGCAUAGCGGGUUGGCACGACGACGAGAACACAUGCGAAAGGCAUGCUUUACUGUAUGAACGAAAGAGUAAUGGUCUCGUUAGUAAACAUGCCAGUAAAACCAACUACUUAUGCCAGGAUGCCAUCACCACGGCAACUGUUGCCAUGGCAUACAGACGUGACAUGCAUGUGUUGAGUCAUGCGAUGCACGGUUGGUCUGAGUUACCAUGGCUAGGUUCGAGUCUGUGUUCAGAGCCAGGUUGCAUGUACAUGGGUUUGAUACUCGUGAUGUAGGAUUUGGUCACUGAUAUUAUCGAAAGAGGAAGGCUAAUGAACCGUAGCAUAAGAGACAUGAAAUCCCUAUUCUCAGUUAAGUGCAAUACUGGUAUCAUCGUUGACUUUUGCUCGUUUUCUCAGUGUGUGUUUUGUUUUUGAAGCAGUGCGGCGUUCUGUCUGUUUUAAGCAUUUGUGUAUGCAGACAGUUUCUCAAAUUGUUGGCCUUGGGCUCGUUUGUAGUUUCAUUAGUAGUUUGAAAAACAAAUGAAUUGAUACUUGCAAAAUUUGUCAAUCUUAUGAGCAACUUAUAACCACAUUUAUAGGAUUUUCUAUAUUAACAAAAUUAUAUGCUGAAUAUUUACCCAUUCUUUGCUCCUAAGAUGAGUAGAUAUCUUACCCCAGACAAUUUCCCCUCAUUUGUUGACGGAAUAAUGGUGCUCUUGUCUUGCUUGCUUGGGAAAUAAAGUCAUGGAACUUUGAAUGAUAUGCAGUUCGAAUGUACUUUGUAAAGUGUAAUUUUAUGCAUAAUAUAUUUUGAUUCAUAGGUUUUUAAAACAAGCAAAAAUAAUUUUUCAAUUUAUUGAAACUCAUAAUCAUUUAGAAUCUAGAUAUGAAUAUUUUAAUCUUUCAAAAAUAAUUAGUAAUUAUAGAAUAGCAAUAUGUUUUAAUUGUAAUUUAACAAACUUUUAUGUUGACUGCUAAAAAUGGAAAAGCUAGUUUGACAAUUGUAAGCACUGGAAAUGUGUUUUACAGUUGCCCCAAGUAUUUGUUUCAUGGUAAAGGUCUUGUACCCAAGUGUAAUGGAUACGUUUUGAAGCUGCCAGUGCUCCACCACUAGGUGUAGUCCGUGGUAUAUGUUUGUUGUAUAUAAUGGUUUGCAUAUAGUCCCUCGCUCUUUUUAUUUGCCAUCUUUCAUAGGUUCUGUACAUUUUUUUCUCAGGAAACAUCAUAAUGAUUUUCCACUUUAUAAUGGAACUGUAAAAACAUUGUGUAAUUUUUGUUGAAAAUAUUAUUAUUAUAACUUAUUAUUUGCACAUCUUAUUCGGCUGCUAUUUGAUUUUUAAAGACAAUUUUUACUUUUAAUUUUUAUCAAAUUAUUUUUGAAUGAUUUUACCAGGGUUUGAAGUAUUGAUUGUUCUGUUGCUUACAGCAAUUCUGCACACAUCUUGACUUGGACAGGACUAGACAUUGUUCCUAGAGAAUGUUAACGGAGGGAAUUACAAGGAGUUCUCUCUCAUGUUGUACAGCCAUCAGAACUUGUUCCUUAUUGAUAUGUUUUUGGAAAGUACAUCAUAUUUGCCUUACUGCAAAUGUAUAUAACAGAUUUUAGAAAUAUAGAUAUUCAAUAUUUCAUGAAAUAUAGAAUAGUUUUAAACUUUAAGAACAGAAAGUGAGGGAUUUCUUCAAGAGUUUUAAUUAGAGAGUUUCCUGUUGGACUGUUUGUAUGUGUACAUCCAAAGAAUUCCAUCCAUUCUAAAGAUACCUUCUUACAAUAUUCUAAUGGUUUUUGGUACAAUUUGUGAAAUCAGUUUUUUGUAAUAAAAACAAUUUUGAGAACAAAUUCAUGCUUUAAUUUGUGUCAACGUUAUUACUUUUGUUUAUCUAAGUUACAUGCACAAAGUUCUAUUUGUACCAGCAAAUAUUUGUUCGUGUUCAUAUCCAUGCAUAAUACACUGUAGUUUGUCCUCGCUGUUUCUGUGUCUGGAAGCUGUUGUCUUUGUAGGAAGACCAGUAUUGUCACUUCUGAUGAUGUAUUACAUUACAUAAACAUCAAUAUUUCACUAUCUUUCUUCAAAUCAUGCAAAAUAAGGCAUACAUAUCUACCAAUCAACUAUUAGCCAGCUUCUUCAAAUGAUGGGAAAGGAUUUAAACAGAUAGAAGGUGUCAGUUUGAUAGUGGUAUGUGAUAUUUAGGAUGCCAUUACCUUAACCAAGUUCUGUUCUGAAUAAGCCCAUGGGAAAGAGAUGAUGUGGUACUGUUAGUUUUCCAUCACUCAACCUUGUAACUGUGAAUUGUUUGAUAGGCAUUUCUUAGAAGUUGACGGAUGACAAAGUAGAGACAAUUUAUGGAUAACAGCUUCUUUAUUUGCUGUAAAGGCGACGUCACCAAAACGUCACCUUUACUGUAAAAUAAAGAAGUUGUUGUACAUGAAUUGUCUCUACUUUGUCUUGUAACUGUGCAUGUAAUAAAAUGAAAAUUUCAAAUUGAAGAAAUGAAAAUUAAUAUUGUUUUAUACUAGUCCAGAAUAUUUUUGGUCAGAAUUACUCAGGUAUGAAGAACUCCGUUUUAGGCCAGUCAUACAAUUUCCUGAGCUAGGCAAACAUUCUGAUCAAACUUGGUAUGCAGACUUUGAAAUAUGGCUCCAUCAGAUACUUUCAAUAUUAUGAAAACGCAUACCAUUUACAGUUGUUGCCACACUAAGGUUGAUCCCUCUGAAUUAUACAUAUUGAUAAACAUUUUGUACACCUAUGAUAUCAUUAGAUGGUUGAUGUAUUUUAAUAACAUUGAUUGUAUUAAUUGUAAAAAAUGUACUAUGUAUCAUCACAGAAUAUUGAUACGUCAUUUUGUUUCUAUGCCACUAUUUGUAAAUUCCCAUAGUCUCCUCCUAAACGUAACAAAUAUGCACAUGCAUCUGCAUGCACAUGCAUUCCUUGACGGGCAUGAUCCAUAAAAAAAUAAAAUUAAAUAUCAAGGUUGAUAGGUGAUAAUUAUUUACAUAUAAUAUUCAGUGUAUGAAGUAUUUUUCAGAAAAUAUUUUGAUACAAUUUUUGAAUGCUUAAGUGAUCAGAAGUCCCAUUGGUAUAUGCAUGCAAAUGUAUGUGUGUGUUUGAGAUUUCUGUAUAUGUCAUUCAGGGGACUUUGCUGAUACUCAGCUCAUGCUGCUGCAAGUUUUUCCAGUAUGUGUUUUGGAAUGGAAAUACUUAAUUUUCCGUUACUUUUUAGCCACUAGGCAAUCUUUCACCCCCACUGAUGCCGAUGAGCCCCUACUUGAAAAGGGGGGAAGUCUGUUCAUUGUUAUCCAGGAUGGGUCUAUUUCGUGAUAAUAGGGGUGUAGGAAGAACAAUCAUGUUGGUUGUGUUUAACCAAUUUUACUACUUUCAUUAUGUGUUUUAUUCUGUUUAAAGUUCUAAUGACAAUGUUGAAAUGUUACAGUGCCAGACUGCAUCACGCACUGGUCAUUCAAGCUUUGUAAAAACACAGUAGUCUAUUUGCAGCACAGUUUCAAUAUAUGCCAAUUUUUAUGCAUUCAUCAUUGUCACAUGUUGGUCAAGAAUGGCCAAUGUCCACUGAGCUCAUUUCUCUAUGUUCAUCUACCUGUUACCAUGGUAACAGUAUCCAUGUGUUGUUCUUUCUCAUUCAACUGAAUCAUCUUUAGGUUUGUCGUAUUUGACUCAUUCAGUAGGUGCUAAUUCGCUCUUUUCCGACACUCAAGGUUUUUUUUGGAUUAUCACUCUUCUCCAUUGUAGAUGUAGCGGCCUCAACCUCUCAUCAACUGGUAUUGGUCACGUUAACCACCCAUUGUGUUAAUUAACAAUUAGCUUCCUCCAUUUCUUACUUAUACUAGCUUUUCUGCAUGCUCCAAAGACAUCCGGUCGAUUUAACAUUUAUUUUCAAAUUCCAUGCAAACUGGCUUUAUAUGCACACAAUGAAAUUUACUUCUUUUAUAUAAAUGUCUCACAAGAGUGAUAUAAAGUAUGAUGAAUUUUAAAAAAAAGUUAUUUAUCUAUAUAUGAAAUUUUGCCAUUUUAUAUAUGUGAAUCUCGAUUGUCAAGUGGUGGUGUAAGGCAUGGACACAAGAGCACAUGUACACCCUAGAUGAGUUGUGUCCCCUUGGUUCAAGGACCCACUGCAUCAGUUCCACAGCACCUGUAUCUUCAGACAUGACCCAUGCAGGGGAAGGAAAUAAGGGGAGACAAUCCUUCUAUGUUCACCUCUUCAUGUUUUGAUCACUUAUACAGUGUAGUGCUUUCAAUAUAUUGUCCUUUAAAUCUUUGAAUAAAAACUCCAUUACCA